AUGCCACUUACAGCAGACCAAAAACAGAUACUUCAAUCGACAUCACCUAUUUUUAAAGAACAUGGAAAAGAAAUUACAUCAAUUAUAUAUAAACAUUUGUUUGCAGAUCAUCCUGAAUUAUUAGAUAUAUUCAAUCGAACAAAUCAAAAGAAUGGUACACAACCAUUUGCAUUAGCAAAUACAAUGUAUCUUGCUAUUGAGAAUAUCGAUGAUUUAGAAGUACUUAUGCCUCAAUUUUUACUUAUCUCUCAUAAACAUCGUGCAUCAAUGGUUCGACCGGAACAUUAUCCAAUUCUUCGAAAAUAUGUACUUAUGGCAAUUGAUGAAUUCUUAGGUGGUAUGGCUGAUCCUUCUAUUUUAGGUGCAUGGUCAGCUGCUUACAAUAUGAUUACUAGUUGUUUUAUGGGUAUUGAAAAGAAAUUAUAUGCUGAACUUGGUGAUAAACAUGAACAAGGUUUUAUUCCAUUUAAAAUUAUUAAAAAAGAAAUUAUUGCAAGUGGUCCAGUUGUUGCUUUUACAUUUGAACGAAAUGAUGGUGGAAAAUUACGAGAUUAUCAUUCAGGACAAUAUACUACCAUUCGAAUUAAAAAAGAUGGGCUUUAUCACUUACGACAUUAUAGUCUUACUCAACCAUUCGAUGGUAAAACAUAUUCUAUUGCUAUUAAACAAGAUAUUGAUCAUGAACCAAAAGGUAUUGUUUCCAAUGAACUUAUUACUAAAUAUAAAGAAGGUGAUACUGUUUUACUGAGUUUGCCAGCUGGUACUUAUGCUUUAGUAAAAGAGGCUAAACAUCAUUUAUUUAUUGCUGGUGGAAUUGGCAUCACUGUUUUAUCAGCGAUGAUAAAAGAUUUACAUAAACAAGGUAAAUCAGAUAUGGCAACAUUGAUUCAUUGUGUAGCAUCUGAAGAUCAAGCUGCUUUUGAAAAUGAAAUGCGUAAAAUCUUACCCGAAGAUCAAUAUUAUUUACUUCUUCAAAGUAAACAUCUCUUACAAGGAACUCUUGAAAAAAUUAUAGCAUCUGAAACACAGGUUUAUAUAUGUGGUUCACCUGUAUUUAUGAAUAAAGUAAAAGAAUAUUUGGAACGAUUGGCUCAUCCAUUGUCUCAGAUACAUAUUGAAGCAUAUCUACCGUCACUUAGUUUGAUUGAAGAUGCUGUCAAGAAUCAUUCAGCAGUAAAAGCAUUAUAA